AUGGGUAAUCCUAGGCCAGCUGGGGGCGGUGGGAUCGGCUGGGAUGCAUCCGGGGGCUUACUUUUCGCAUUCUCCCAUGGCUAUGGUACGACAACCAACAACAAAGCAGAACUCCGGGCCCUUCACGAUGCUAUGAAAAUCUCUAUUUGUCGGGGAUACAAUCGGAUCUUCCUCGAAUUUGACUCUAAAUGCAUGGUGAACGCAUUCAUUGGCAAAUCCUCCCCUACCUGGAAAUGGAGAUAUUGGUGGACGAGGAUUAGAGCAUUGAGAAUUGGAGGUACUUUUCUGAUUUUUCGUGUCCCAAGAGAAGUUAACGGCCCGGCUGAUGAGCUGGCGAAGGCAGCUACCACAUCCCAACUUAACUUCAUGUACCUCUCCCCCUCGAAGCUCCCGAUCCGAGUCAAGGGCCUUUAUCGAUUAGAUCAGUUGGGAUUUGGUUCUGUUAGAGAGACCUGA